CGGCCCUCUUCCUUACCCCCUCUCUGCCGCGCCGCCGGCCCUCUCCCUAGCUUCAGCUCGUGCGCGCCGCGGCCCCUCCCUCGCUCCAUCUACUGCACAGCCGGCCCUCUCCCUCCCUCCCAUUCUUGCUGCGCCGCCGGCCCUUUUCCUCCCUCCCUUUCUUGCUGCCUCUCCUACGCCACCAGCCCUCUCUUCCAUGGAUCUGCGUGGACGGCUUAUUCAUCUCAUCCUCUCUCGAUCUGCAGGAUACAAGGGGAAGAAGGCAGGGGUCUAGGUGCUACUCCGGCGCGGCGGCAGAGCGAUCUCUCUUCAAGGUGGUCAAGAAGAUGAACGUAGGGGUCUCAGCAGUGGCGGACCAGAAUUUGAUCUUUUUUUUUUGUUGUUCUUUAGCUUGGCCCGCGCAGCAAUUUGUUUGUAGCUCCGCCACUGCUGAGACCCCUACGUUCCCAGCCACGCCUCGCCCACUCGCGCUAUGUGUGCCUCGGAGAUGGCCGGCGCGUCAUUUUUGGAUAGGAUGGUUUCCCAGCUUCGGUCGACAUCCAAGUACUACACUGGAUAUCCCAAGGAUCUAGGGCCAUCAAGAAUCAUACCGUUCACAUCAGAGCGUCAGUUUGUGCAGCUAUUACAUGAAGGACGGCCUGUAGUUGUGGCCUUUACCAUUAAGUGCACUUAUACACAGCAUCUUGACAAAGUACUGGAGGAAGCUGCUGCUGCAUUUUAUCCUCAUAUAAAGUUUGUUCGGGUGGAAUGCCCAAAGUAUCCUGGGUUUUGCCUCACGAGGCAAAAGACUGAGUAUCCAUUUGAAGUAUUUUACAACCCAGAACAGGCUGCUAACCCAGGUAAGAUGGUGGAUCCGAGCAUCACGAAAUACUCUGCAAAAGUCCUACCUUUCAACUAUGACCAGAGCGUGUAUGGAUUUCGAGAGUAUUUUAACAAGUACGGGUUCAAGUAUUCCGAAGCAAACUAGGUUUGUCAUGAAAUUCUCCUUACUCCCUCGGUGCGGACGGACUUAGUUGACACUCAAACAGAUGUAUCCUCCAGAUCAAGAGUAGCAAACUAUGUGCUUCUUAGCAUUGCUGAAGAGUUUGCAAACUGUGCAUUAAGAAGGAAGGAACUUUGAAUCAGAAAACCUGGUAAAAUUAGGCUGCACUUUCUUAGUGUGUAACUGUACCGAUCUGUAUCCAAGCCGAACGGCAAACAAACAGUUCCUCAAAAAAAAAAAGUUCAUGAAUGCUGCUCAUACUUGCACAACUGCCUCGCCGUCGCCUUUCUGGGAAAGCAUCUCCUUUAACAUUGCCAGCUCCACAUCUUUAGCUUCCAACUCCUCUUUUUUGCAGAAUGGAAACCUAAGGAAGAGUGACCAAUCUUACCGUUUCAUUUGACCUCUCAACAUCAUUUGUUAGGCCAUCCAUGUGUUUGUACAGCCCUGGCAACACAAUGAGAAGGUUAAGUAGUAGCUCCAUGUUAGCAUAAUAUAUAACCAUUAACAAGG